AUGUCAUACCGAAUCGAAUACGAUACUGCACUGGCUCCGCCACGCGGGGCGGACAUUGUCGCAUUCAUGAACGACUUCUACAACACUAGCGAUAACGAGGAACUCCACGAGAGAUAUGUCCAGAGCUUUACAGACAAUGCAACACUCAUCAUGGGCCCCAAAGAAGCCAAGGGCACUGAUGCGAUUCGGACUCUGCGACACGGUCUUUGGACCCAUGUUGCGACUCGAAAGCACGCUCCUACUCGAAUCUUCUUCAGCGGGGAAAAUGAGAUCAUGCUUUAUGGUGGAGUGAAUUAUCGUCUCAAGGCUAACCAGGAGAACGACGUGUACGUUCCUUGGGCUGGAAGAGUUGUGUUUGAUUUGGGAAAGGAGGGUAUUAAGAUGCAGUUCUAUCAAGUCUAUCUGGACCCAUCUGCACAAUCUGGCAAGAAAUAG